UCAAUUUUAGGCGUGAUGAGCAAACGGGACGAGCCGGGUCCCAGUGGGAGCAGUUUUUCUUCUCCAGAGCUAAAAGACCCAAAACCUGUCAAACGACGAAAAAUAAUGGAUGGAGAAAAAGUAAUAAUUGCCGGACGUGUUGCUUCAAUUCACUUGAAAAACUUCAUGUGCCAUGCCAACUUGCUCAUUGAGUUUGAUGUUGCAAACAAGAACUGUUUCUAUAUUGGCGGGCCGAAUGGAAGUGGGAAAAGUGCUCUAUUUGCCGCAAUGAACAUGGGACUGGGAGGAAGAGGAAGUGAUAGUGAGAGAGGAAACAACGUGCAAGCAUAUAUAAAAGACGGAACUACUCAGGCGAAGAUUACAAUCACAUUGACAAAUGAGGGAUUAAACGCACUACCGGAAUACGAUGAACUCAUAUCAAUUGAACGAACGAUCAAUCGGACGGCAUCGAAAUACACAAUUAGAAAUAUUAAAGUAAACACACACAAGUAUAAAAUGGAACGGGUUGUUAGCACAAAGAAGUCGGAUGUUGAUAGUGUGGUUACUAGAUUAAAUAUUCACCUUACUAAUCCCGCAUUUUGGAUGAGCCAGGAUAGAUCUCGAAGUUUUCUUGCCAAUUUCAAGCCAUCAACUGUAUAUAAAUUGUAUCUAGAAUCUACAAACCUCGAAAAUAUCCGACAAUCUUAUAAUCGUUUUGCUGAAUCAAUUGAUCAUAGUGCAGAGUUGGUAACAGCAAAGUCAGAAGAAAUUGCAAAUGAAAAACGAAAAUUAAAAAGAGCACAAGAGUCAAGAGUUCUACAAUUGAAGUUAGAAAAAGACCGAAAUCUACUUGCAAGUUACCGAUGGAAGUUCCUUUUCUGUAGAGUUCGUGAUUAUGAUAAUAAUAUAAUGUUGAACAAGAAAAAGCAGGAAGUUCACAAAAAACUGCAUAAGGAAGUCAAAGAUGCAUAUUACAAGAAUCGAACAGAAAGAAGUGAAGUGCAGAAGAAACUUCAAGAGUUGCGUGAUGAAGUAGAAGUUCAAGAUGAGGAAAUAAAGGAAUCAAGAGCAGACGUAGACAAUCUCAGAAAAAUUGUUAACGACUUGAAACACGAAAUUAAAAUGUCAGAAUCUCAGAUGAGAAGAAAAAAAGUUGAAAUCAUGUUGAUUCGAAAAGAAAUAGCAAAAGCUCAAAAGCAACUGCGUGAAGCAUUGGGGAAAUUCGGCCAUGAAGAGUUAACAAAAAAGCUUGCAGAAGCUGAAGAUAAGCGAGAAAGCCUCAAUAUUGAAAUAGAAGAAAUCGAACAUGUGCAAUUGAAGGCUCUUCGGAAAAAAUAUGAAAAGCUAACAAAGGAACUUCGAAACGAAGAGGAAGAAAAGUUCAAUACAAGAGGAAAAAUUGCCACAUUGCGAAGAACCAUUGAACAAGAUCAAAAGAUAUUGCGAAGCAUGAAGGCUACAAAAAAAAAUGAUGUCAACAAAUUUGGUCCGUACAUGUCUGAAAUCCUCACUGAAAUUGAUCACCGAAGUUCUCAGUUCAAGCAGAAACCAAAAGGUCCACUAGGAAAAUACGUUACUUUGGUGGAGCCCAAGUGGGCAUGUGCUACAGAGGAAUGCUUUAAAAAUAUUGCUAACAAUUUUUUGUGUUGCUCACAAGAAGACGCCGCAACUCUUCGAAAAAUUUUCGACAUACUUAAAAUUCCAUCGAAUGAUCGACCAACUAUUGUGGUGUCACGAUUCACUGGGAUUAAGUAUGAAGACCUGCAACAACCUGGAUACCAGUUCAAAACUCUCUACCGAACACUCGCGUUUUCUGAUGUAGAUGUGCACAACGCAAUAAUCGACAAAAGUAAUUGCGAACAAUUUCUGCUCAUUGAAGACAAAACGGCAGCGAUGAAAUUAAUGGGAUGUGAUGAUCCACCAAAAUAUGCUGUCAAAGCAUAUACACCUGAUGCAUCCCAAAUUUUUGCAAACGGACUUCAUAGUCAGUAUCGAUUUUACAGUAGCAGAGGAAAAAGAGCAGUUGGACUUUUCGGCGUAAAUCAGAAGCAAGUUGACGAGGAAACACUUGAACAGGAACUUGAAGCUGCAAAUAGAGAACUGAUACGAUUAGAAAAUCAUGAUAUCAAACUUAUUGAAAAAACUCUGAGAGAGUUAACCAUGGAACGGUCUACAAUAAAGUCAACAAUUGAUAAGCUUGAUAAAAAGACUCGAGAACUUCAAUAUGAACGAGUGAAGAUCGAUCGUAACAUUAACGACUGGAAAGCCGAUAUGACACAAUGUGCAAACACUGAACAGGUUGACAAUAUUAAUGACGCUCUAGGAGAACUUCAAGAGAAAUUGUCAAUUUUGGAAGAAGAAGCUUAUUGCAUUCAGGACAAGUUGGAUGAGCUGGACGAGAAGUUUCAGCCUGCUAUUAAAACAAAAAAUGAAUCUGAGAAGAAUUACGUCGAACUGCAACAGGAAGUCAAAGGGUAUGCCGCCCAAACUUUAUCAUUUCAAAAACAGUUGCGCAAACUUGACGAAGAUGGUGAAGCUGGAAAAAAUCGCCUUGAUAAGUUGAAAAGCAAUGAAGACGAGUUGUAUCAUGAUGAAGCAAGGUUGAAGUCAGAAAGAGAUGAAGCAUUGAACAUAGUUGAAAAAGAGAAAGUGACGAUAGAAAGGCCACGCAGAGAAGCAGAUCCUCCAGAUCUGUCUGAAUUCCCAUCAACAAAAGACGCGAGAAAGAAAAUCAUAGAAAUGCAUAAGGCAAUUAGCAGAGAUGCAGCCGAGUGUGGCGAUACUGUUACCAUCGGAUCUGUAAAGGAGUUUAAGGAGAACUUGAAAAAGCUUCGUGAAUCUUGUCGAAUGUUGGAAGAAGUUGUUGAGGAAAUGCAAACAGUGCACAAUGGUCGAUUGAAAGCCUAUCCCACCCUAAAAAAGUACACUGAGUUGAAAGUCACUGAUAAGUUCAAGGAGCUUCUUGCAAUUCGUGGGCAUUUUGUUGGUGGUCUGGAGUUUGAUCACGAGAAGGAAAAUCUUAAUGUGAAUGUUCAUUCUACUAAAGAGAAAGAUGCUUUAGCCGGUAAAGAGUACAGCUCUACUGACGAAGAUGAAGAUGAUGAACAGGAGUUUUACAAAAAUGGGAAGCCAAAGAAGAAGAGAUCAAAAAAGACAAAGAAGAAGCCCGUUUGUGAUCUAAAAGGAUUGUCAGGUGGAGAACGAUCAUUUGUAACUGCAGCACUUGUAAUGAGCUUAUGGGAAGUCAUGGAGCAACCAUUUCGCAUGCUGGAUGAAUUUGACGUUUUCAUGGAUAUGAUGAAUAGAAAACUUGUCAUGGAUCUUCUUGUCGAAAUGGCCACUAAAAAGUUUCCGCACAACCAGUUCAUUUUUUUCACUCCUCAAGGAAUCAAGGAACUCAAUAGAGUCGAUGGGUUGCAGAUCUUCGAAAUGGAAAAAGUUCGAGACUGAACGAAAUUCCAGAAUUUUUUGUCAUACUUGCAGAAAAAAUUUACAUUCUUGCAUUUUUUCAAUUUUCAAUAAUCAUUCCAUAAUUCAAUUUGUUGUGUAUUAUCCCAGUUACUUGUAAUUUUAUUCAUGAUUUUAGAAUGUAAUUACUGUACAUGUCAUUUCGAAAAAAGGGUUGAAUUUUUUUAAACUUAAA